UUUCUCUUUUCAUGCCCUCAACUGAUUGAAUGGCCCACCCACGUUAGCGAGGGCAAUCCACUUUACCCAGUGUACUGAUGUAAAUCUUAAUCUCAUUCCAAAACACCCUCACUGACACACCCAGAAUAAUGCUUGAACAACUCUCUGGCCAUCCCUUGGCCCAGUCAAGUUGACACAUAAAAUUAACCAUUACAUUGACCUUCAAUAAUGGGAUGUAAAUAGUCUUUUGAUAGCAAUUUUUGAACACUAAAGUACGUAACAAAGGGAAACUAUCCGUGACAGACAUGCAAUACUCAUAAUAUAAAACAGUUUAUCUUCAUUAUAAAAUGUUUAAACUUUAUACCCCAGAACUCUCAGGCUAUUGUAAAUAGUCCCUAACUGAACUAAGAAAUGUGGUUUUAGGAAACAUUUACUUAAUUCUCCAAAACUCAUGCAUUUUGAACUUCUCUAUUCCAAAAAAUUCUUGCCAUACAUGUUUAUUCUACUUAAACCAAGCAAACAAGCAGGCAUGCAGGCAAACAGCCAUAACAAAGUAUAAUUAUAGAAGGUUAAUUAGGCAAUAUUUUUUUCAAAGUUUCAAGGUUGUUAUAAUGGUCACUUCCUUUUGGAUCUCUCAGUUGUAACAUCCUUCAAGGUUUCCUAUGAAAUUCCAAGGUUAUUUAUAAAUAUUUAAUUAUUAAAUUAAAACUAAUACAUGUACAUUGUAAAACAGUCCAAUUACACAUAUAGAUAUAAGGUGAAAUAUAAAUUCUUUCCUUCCUUUUCUCGGUCUUCCCACCCCAACUCUUGGGCCCUUUCUUUAGACUAACCACUGGUAAUAGUUUCCUAUCUGUCUUUCUAGAAAAAAAUACCAUGUCUAUUCAAGUAUGUAUAUAAGUUACUUUUACAUUUUUUCUGUUUUUUGAUUUAUCCACGUUUUAUGCCUUUUUAACCAAGGAUAUGUUUGUAUAGGAAAUCUAUUUCUCUUAUUCACCAUUUUAUAUCUAACUCCUCAAACAGUGUCUGGUUCAUAGUGUAUAGGUGGUUAACAAAUAUUUGUUGAAAGAAUCUUCUGUAGAUAGUACACAUAGAUCUCUUGCAUUUGUGAUAUAAACCAUAUGGUUUUGCUAUAUGGUUGAUUCACAUUUUAUUUUUACCAAUUCUCUAUUGAUGGACAUUUUUACGUUAGUUCUAGUUUCCUGCUAGUCAUCUGUCCCUCCAUCUGUCCAUUCACCUAUCUGUCAAAUAUAUACUAAGUGCUUAUUUUAUGCCGCAUAUUCUUCUAAGGAUAUAGGGAUGGAGGAGAAAAUCAAGGGCCCUGUUUACAUGUAACUUUCAUAUGCAUAGUUUGCUGAAACAUAUCGAAAACAAUGAAAUAAAACCUAAACAAACCAGUUUCAUGAUGGCAGUAGCUUAGGAAAUGUGAUGAGAUAAGAGUUUCAGCUUUAGAUAGGAUGGCCACGUAAAACCUUUUUGAAGAGGUUACUUUUGAGCAAGGUCUGAAUAAUGGAAAAAAUGGCUUAGAAAUACGGAGAAGAGACUUCUAGGCAGAGGGAAUAGCAAGUAUAAAAGAUCUGAGUCGAGAAUAAGAUUGGUGUGUUUGAGAAACAAAAAGAAGUCCAGUAUGAUUGGAGCAUAAAUAUUUGCUCAUAGAAAUUAACAGUGCUUCAUUGAGUAUCUUUGUACAUAAAGAUUUGUUUUAUGAAAUUUUGUAAAUAUUUUUAGUAGUAGAACUGUGGGGUCAAAUAGUAUAUGCUUUUAAAAUUUUUAUAGCUAUGGUACAGGGCCACUUUUAUCCCUUAUCCUCUUUAGCCCUGAACUUUUCUUACUUUCCCCAGCUCUGAGAAACUUGAAUUGUCCAGAGCUUGGUAGGGAGUGGGCACACUGGGUAAAAAAAAUUCUUUUGGAGAGAAAAUAUGGCAGGAGCUGUGAAAGUUUGAAAGAUUUUUGUAUAAGAAGAUGAAAAUCCAAUAGUAGGACACGUGCUUAUAUAUGUUGUGUUAUAUGAUAAAACAUUUGCCUCUCUGAAAUACUGUGCUCUCCUUUAGCCAUUUAGUGGAACUAUUUCAAUGCAGAGACUAUCAACAUUUCUCAAUUCAGGAAAUAAAAAAUGCAGAGUUUUUCUAGAGUUACAGUUUGAUAAAAUGCAGUAUUAUAAAUGAUUCCUAGUUUGAUACUUGGAUUCAAUUUAUACAAAUUUGUUAUUAAACUAAGGAGAUAUGAAAAUAUGCCAUCAACCAAAGUCAGUCAAAAACCUUUGUUAGGAUGUGGCUUUGUGGAGGAAGGUAGAAAGAACAUCUCCUAUUUAAAAUGAGUUUUAAGAAAUCCUGGGUGCUAUUACAUUGGGCAAUGAAAUCCCAUUUCUAAAUGCUUCUCUAUCAAAAAGGCAUUAUUUAAUUUUAAAGAGUAAAUGUCAGAAUUACUUAUAAUUUUUUAGGCAGAUUAGAAAUUUUAGACUGGUCAAAGAACAAAUUUUGUUUCAUGAAGUAUUUUAAUGCUGAGUAAACAGGAAAGUCAAGUCACAUUUGAGAGCAUAGAAAUGUUUGUUUAAAUUUUUCCAGUCUUCAUUUUUUUUGAUGGGUGAAUAUAGGAAACUUUGUCAGAUAUUUUAAGAUUUCCAUGUACCUAGAGAGAAAGGGGCAUGCAGUUAGCUGAAUUAUUGUUCAUUUUUCUUCUACAUACUAUGACUCACUUCCUUUUUUAUUAUAUUGAAAAUUUCUCAAAAUUAAAAAUAAUUUGGAGUUAUCCUAGAUGUCUGGAUUGUAGUUAAAAAAAGAAGAAAAAAAAAUAACCUAGAGGAAUAAGCUUAGGAAUCUGUGAUGGAGAAGAUUUUAAUUUAACAGAUGCCAAUAUGGUAUAUUCUGUUGGUUAUAUUAGAGGUUUUUUUAAUAUAGGUAAUUUUUUUCCAGCAUAAUUUAUAAACAAACUUUAGUUGGAAAUUGAUUUUACUUUGCUUCUUGAAUCUGGUACAGCUUAGUAAUGGUAAAGUAAUUAAUUUAUGUUUUAUCUGUAAUGUAGUAAGUUAGCAUUUUGAUUAAGAAACUCAACUUAUCUGAUUGUCUACUGUAAAACAUUCUCACUAAUUUUAAUGUUAAUAUAUAAUUUUGGACUGAAAACAAGUUCUUAAUAUCAAAUCUUUAAGGUAAGGACAGGAAUUAGCAUUUUAUUAGUCUUAAUCCUUUGUCCUAAAAAGGAUAGAAAUGUAAAAUAUGUUGCAUGUUUACAGAAAUCUACUCCUAUUAUAUGUAGAUAUAUGUUUUAAUUGUUUUUGAAUCAUUAAAACAUCUAAUUUUUGCUUAAUAAUAUGCAAAUGUACCACCAAAUCUGUUUUUUAAGAUUUUUCCAGUUUAAUGUCUGAAUCCAAAUUCAUAAAGAGUUGGAAAAAUGAGAUGUCUGAGCUAUAGGAUUCACAGGGAUUUCAUAUGAAGCCUAUUUAAUCAGGAUAACACUGUUAUUAAUAUUCAUAAUGUCAGCUGGAACACAAAUGACAGACUAUGGGGCCUAAAAAUUUUACUUGGUGAAUUUAUUAAAAGUAGCUUAAAAAAUUAAUGGAAUUUAAGUAAAGUUGGUGAAUAUGAAAAUCUUAUGUUAGCUGAAAAAAAAUGUCUAUUAGAACUUUCCUUUAAAACCAUUUUGCAUUGAUGUCUUUGACAGAUUUCAUUGGUACUUAAAGAAGAAAGAUGCAUGAAUGGUCAUUUAAGAGGAUUUAAACACAUUGGCACAUUAAUUUUUACAUGAAUAAUAAGUACUUUCUGAAAGCAAUUAACUUACAGUGUACAAGAUAUGAAUUGAAAAAUAAGACUGUGACAUCAAGGGCAAAGCAAAUGUGCUGUACAUUUUAAACUUAGUGACAGGACUUUUUGAUAUUUUGAUUUAUUUUUAUGGUUUAUAUAUGGUUAAUUCAUUUGAAAGCAAAUUAGAAGGUCAUUAAUUUAAUGCUCUCUCCUUCCCCCAAAAUAUUGGUAUAGCGUUAAGCAUUAUUUUUUGCUAGUGCCAUCUGCAUUUAUUGAAGAAGUAAACAUUUAUUGUACUAACUGCAGUAUUUUAUUCGAGAACAUAUUCAAUUCUGCAGAAAGGCAAAGGGAUGAUGCUGACUGAGUUUAAGUACUAUAAGCAUAUGUUUUUAACAUAAACUUAUUGAUUACAGCAUAACUUAAAAGUAUAAUAAAUGAACUUCUGAAAGUUUAGUGUAAAAAAUUAAGGGCUAUCCAACUAAUAAGUAUACAAAUACAUUUGUCCUGAAUUUUAGCCUAAGAAAAUAAGAAGUUGGGAAUGGCUUAAGUAAGACCAGGAUGCAUUUUAUUUUGUGUAGUACUUGUUACUCUCUACAUUUUAAUAUAUGCUUAUAAUGACGGCUGUGCCAAUGCUCAUGGUUUUGUUUUGAUUAUUGAAGUUUAUUAAAAAAAUUAACUUAGACCAUUAUGUAAAAUCACAAUAAUAUGGAUUAUUUUGUUUUACAUUUUUCAUGCAAAUUUUACUACAUAUAAAAACAUAGUUUAGUUAUUAACUGUAACAGUCCAGUUAGGUUUUACCAUUGAGAGAACAUAGGCAUUGACUGGCAUUCCAGAUGGGUACAGGCAGUUUCACUUGUAGUCUGUCUGUCAAUGUUAUAUAAACAUUAAUUGGUUUCAUUAAAAGUAUAGGAAUUACCUGGUGUGUUUGAGGACUCAGAGCUUUGUUGGAAAAAGCAUUAAUUAUCUGGGUGUCUAUAAAUUAUCAUAAUAUAAGCCAUACAUUUAGGUUUUCGGAAUAAAGGAUGAAACUGAAUUGAUAAUGGUUAUUAUUUUGUCUAGUGGCUUUCUAAAAGUUAAGUUUCAUUGUGGAUUUUUUGGGUUUUGGCUCUGAGGUAAUCACUUAUAUGCCCAGUAGGGGGCAGCAUAUUACUACUUCAGGCACAUAAAAGAAUUUGCCCUGCUUAGACUGUCAAUGUUUCUUGUAAUUACUCCCAGUAUAUUUGUUGCUUGCUUAUGAAUUAACUUGCAUUUAUGGAACUAAAUCAUUCCAAUCAUUUAAUUACACCUGAGGAGCUGAACUAUAAUUGCUUGCUUCCAACUAGGAUCUGAUAUGGCUUGAGCAGUAUUAAUUUGAUGUUUACUUUUCUGAGUGCUAAAAGCAUUAAAAUGAUUGUGCAAUGGGAUUACAUUUUACUAAUUGCUGGCAUUCAUUAGCUGGGUAAAUGAUGAGGAAGAGUGACUGUAUAUUGCAGAGGGAUAAAAUUAUGGUUUUAAAUAGUAUAUUACUAAGCACAUUAAGGCCUGUAAGACAUGUUUUAAAAUACUCCAGAGGUUAUUAAAGACUGUAUUUUCUACAUGUCUUGCUAUAUGAAUCUCUUAUUAAAAUACUGCAAUUAUUAUUAACCUUUUUGGGCAAUAUGUAGGGAAAUGGCUUCAUUGACUGAAACAUAUUUCUUUGAUAUUAAUAACUUCCUAUAUUUUCAGCUAAUCCAAAAGUAAAUGAAAAAUUUAGAAAAAGAUUGCCAACUCCAGAUCAACAUAUUUAGAGAAAAUUGGAAAAGGAGAAGCUUACUACAGCUUUAUUUGAGGACUUUUAAAAGAACGCAGGUUCUAGCUGUGAGCCUCAAAUCUUGGAGCAAAAACCAGAGACAUUGCCAGAGCAAACAAGAACAGGAGCACAAAUGGAGGACUGGUCAAAAGAAACCUUCAUUGCCUAUAUUUUAUAAUCAACUAGUACAGAGUUUAAGAUCAGGACAAGGCUGCAUUAGUCCAGCCCACAGUUGUCUUCAACGAGAGUCUAUAGGAAGAACUAAUAAAAGUACACAGCCAGAUGAGCAACUGACUAUGAAUUCUGAGGGAAGUAUGCAUCAGAAAUCUGAUGAAUUACCUAGUGAAGUCACAUAUGAGAACACAGAACUGCUGGAGCAGAGAUCAAGGAAUUCUCAAGUCAUCAGUCCUUAUCCAGAUGAUGAGAUGGCUUACUGCACUACUGAAAAAUCCAACCUGAUAGAACAUAGAAGUAAUGAUUUGCAUUAUGAAUGUAUGAUUUCUUGUCAAGUUACUUCAGACUUACACAAAGAGAAGACAAUAGCCUUUCUGCUAAAAGAAUUGGAUAUUCUCAGAACAAGCAACAAAAAGCUUCAAGAAAAACUGACUGAAGAAGACAAAGAACAGAAAAAACUAAUGUUUAAGCUGGACCUCCAAGAGAAAACAACAGAAGCUAAAAUCGCUGAAAAGACAGCAGCUCUCGUUGAAGAAGUGUAUUUUGCACAGAGGGAACGUGAUGAAGCUAUUAUGUCUAGACUGCAGUUAGCCAUUGAGGAGAGAGAUGAAGCGAUUGCACGAGCCAGGCAUAUGGAAAUGUCUCUAAAAGUGCUAGAAAAUAUUAACCCUGAAGAAAAUGACAUGACAUUACAGGAAUUACUGAACAGAAUAAACAAUGCAGACACAGGGAUAGCUAUUCAGAAGAAUGGAGCUAUAAUUGUGGAUAGAAUCUACAAGACCAAGGAAUGUAAAAAGAGAAUAACUGCAGAAGAAAUGAGUGCAGUGAUAGAAGAACGGGAUGCUGCUUUGUCUCAGUGCAAACGGCUAGAGCAGGAGCUUCAUCAUCUGAAAGAGCAGAACCAGACUUCAGCAAACAACAUGAGACAUCUGACUGCUGAAAACAAUCAAGAACGUGCUCUGAAGGCAAAGUUGUUGUCCAUGCAACAAGCCAGAGAAACUGCAGUUCAACAGUACAAAAAACUGGAAGAAGAAAUACAGACACUUAGAGUUUAUUACAGUUUACACAAAUCUUUAUCUCAGGAAGAAAAUCUGAAGGAUCAGUUUAACCAUACCCUUAGUACCUAUGAAGAAGCUUUAAAAAACAGAGAAAGCAUUGUUUCCAUCACUCAACAACAAAAUGAGGAACUGGCUACCCAACUGCAACAAGCUCUGACGGAGAGAGCAAACAUGGAAUUACAACUUCAGCAUGCCGUAGAGGCCUCCCAAGUAGCCAGUGAAAAAGUUCAAAAGUUAGAAAGGCUGGUGGACGUCCUGAGGAAAAAGGUUGGAACUGGGACCAUGAGGACAGUGAUCUGACUGAAAAAAACGACAGUCUGGGGAAGAGCUCACAUCUGGUGACCAGGCUGCUUCAUUCAACACUGUGUAAACACUGAAGCCUUAACUUAGCAAACAGUUGUUAGAAGUGGGACACUCCAACCACAUUCCAAGCCGAGAUAAAAUCAAAUCACAAAUGUUUAACCACUUUGCUGCUGACUUGAGUUAUUUAUCCAAAUAUAUUAACUACAGAUUUUUACCAAUGGGUAGCUAUAAGGUUGCAGCUUAUUUUGUAACUAUUUUAUAUCUCAGUGUCUUUAAUAUAAAUUUUUUUUGCUGAGAGACUGUUGUAGUAACAUGGAAAAGUUGGUUAGGAUCAUAUCCUCACAUAUGGCCCUUUCUGAAUCAAAGUGCAGCAAAGUAAAUAUUGUCUAAGCCUUAAUCCACUAUGUUAGGUCAAAACUUCAAAUACAUGCAUUUUUCAAUAUAGAGUAUAUUUCUUAACUGAUAAGAACAGCUCAGACAUAAGAGUGUAUAGUCUUCCUUCAUGGUGUGUAUAUAAUCUUUGUUAGUAUUAAAGAAUAUUUAGUAGCGAUGCCAUGAAUUAAAUGUAUAAUUUGCUUUAAUAAGAGAUUGGUACCUUAAAUUUACAUUCAUCAAGCCAUGAUUUUUGUUUCACUACAAAUAAUGCAAACUGUUUUCAAUAAAAAGAGAAAAUUGUUAAUGU